UUACAAGAUCGAAAGUCUACUUUUUAAAAGUUGAAUUAAAUCUAAUGUAUCAUGUAGCCUCUACAGUAACUAGUUUAACUUCAAUAGUGAGUGUCUCAAUCAAUACACAGAGUUUUAGUAAAAUUAUAGUCCAAGCAAUAUGCUAAUACAUUUUUUUCUUUGUCUGUUGUUUCUUCCUUCUGAUCAAAAACCUCAUAUAGAUAAAUUGUUUAUCAGCUCUGGAGACACAUUCCAAGUAACUUGUAAUAGUUUAAGCUUUGUGAACGGCCCAGCUCAAGACAACGCCAAUUAUAGCUCCAGCUCUGGCUCUGAUCAAUCUGUCAGCAACAGUAGCUCUUCUGAUGCCACUUACAUUCUAGUUUUGACUUUGUUCAGAAGAACUCUGUCUGAUACAUACUUUCAAGUCAUUGCCAACUACUCAGUGGAGAAAGAAAGCCUUCCUCAAUCAUACGUACAAAACAACAGGAGAUGGACCGUAAGUUUUAGUGGAGCCAAUGAGGCGGAGAAAGGGGUCGGCAAUCUGCAUACCAUACAGGUGACAAUGACAGUUAAAGAGGCGUGUUGCAGUGAUGCAGGUCUGUAUCGAUGUUCUGCUAAACUGAGCAACGGAACUGUCCUGGCGUCUAGCGUUUCGGAUCUGACUUGCAAAGACUUGCUGAAAUACGGCGCACAGACAAAAGCAGUACUUACUGAUGGAAGAACAAAAUUCACAUGUGUUAUUAUUAGCUUGCUCAAUCUGACCGUCGAUUGGUAUUUCGACUCUCUAAACUCUAGAAAACAACACGUAUAUAGAUCCGAUGUCCUCGACAUCAACUCGGAAGGCCCAGUGCCGUACUACGAUUGCUUUAGGUGCAAGGAAUACCUGUACAUGUCCACGUUGACUUUCACACUGACGGAGGAGGAAAAGAGCAACAAUUAUUUCUGUACUGGCAACACUACAGGGAAAGGUGGCGCUCUGAUAUAGGGCUUCUCUUUGUUUAGCCCUUAAUGUGCUUGUUAGAAGAGAAAUAAGAUAAUAAAAUU